AUGCAGUCACCUCCCUUCGACAUGUGGAAGGACUAUUUUAACCUGAACCAGGUAGUGCUGGAGCUGAUCCAGAGUAACAAGCAGAAGCUGAAGGUCCAGGCAGCGGGAGAGGCAAAUCCUGGGCCACUGAGAGGGUGGAAUGAGGGUUCCGGGUCCAGCGGGGCGAGCGGGUCCAAUGGGGCCAGCGGGGUCGGCAUGUGUAACUUCUGCAAACACAACGGUGAGUCUCGAAACGUCUACGCGUCGCACCUGCUGAAGACACCGGAGGGCGUGGUGCUGUGUCCCAUCCUGAGGCACUACGUGUGUCCCCUGUGUGGGGCCACGGGGGACCAGGCGCACACGCUCAAGUACUGCCCGCUCAACGAGGGCCAUCAGUCCCUCUACCACCGCAGUGGACGCAACUCCGCUGGCCGCAAGAUCAGGCGCUGA